AUGUUCAAUCGCAAAUUUGGUGAAUUUAGUGGCCGGGGUAAUGCGCGUUAUCGAUUUUUAAACACUUCUACCGGCUACAACAACAAUAAUAAUAAUAGUAAUAACAACAACAAUAUGACAACCGGACACGUCGAUGGAAAUUAUAAUAUGUAUGGGGGCGGUGAUGGUUAUGGACCCACAGGGCCUACCAACAACGAAUCGAUUUACAUGGGUGAGCCGCUCAUAUACGUGCCCAUACAAUUUGGGCCUCCCCCAUCGGCCGGCUAUCCUCCGAUGCAGGCGGUCCAAUCGAUGCAGCCCUUGCAGACGGUUCAGCCCAUGCAGGUGGUGCCACCGGUUCAACCGGCUCAACAGAUGCACCCCGUACAAUCGGCAGGGCCUGUGCAAGCGAUGCAAUCCCUUCAGGCCAUUCCCAUUUAUGUGCCGGUUAUGCAGACAGUGCAGGCCGCGGCCCCCUCCUUAGUUGCUGGAGCGGGACAUGCUCCCAUUGUGCCGGCAACCUCGCAUGUGCUGGUGCAAAUGCCCUAUCAGCGUCCUUCCACUUGUGACGUCCCAUUGCAAGAGCUGCCGAGUGUUCCUAUACCCAACUAUGAGGCCAAGCCUUACACUAGCAUUCCGAGCGGAUCUGUUUACGAGCCGGGUAUUGAUACAGGAGCGUGGCGUCCACCACAACCACAAGUGCUGACACCCCAGUCGGCGGAACCGCAAAUAGAGGAACCACACAAUGCUGACGAGCAACAUAAUAAUAACGAACAGCAAGAACCACAGGAUGCUGGCGAAGCCGAGAGCAAAAAUACCCUUGAAGACAACACUUCUGGCAUCAAUAAUAAUGAUGGCAAUGACGACAGAACCCCAGAACCGGAUCAGUUAUCGGCCCAUGCUGGAUAUCAUUGGUCGAUUCUCAGCAAUCGUGUGCAUCGUUGUGGUGCGACUUUGGAGCUUUUAUACACCGGCGACACCUAUCCAAGACCGGUGGCGCCUCAAACAUCGCCAGUACCGGAGAAUGAAGAGGCGGUAUCAUUGCAUUUUGAUCAGUCAUCGACAUCGCCACACGACGAGCAGCUCUGCAAACCACCAGAUGAUCAAAGCGAUCAGCUUUAUUUCUUCGUGGAAGACGAACAGCCCUGCACUUCACAGCAGGCUGCUAAUCAGCGUUGCAUCGCAUCACAGGAUGAACAGCCUUGCACAUCGUGGCAGGCCAGACAGAAGAAUGGUGAUGGUACACCCUCACCACAAGAGAAUCAGCAUCAGGAUCAGGCGCAUGAUCAAGCUUCUCACUCUGAGAUUCCUUUGAAGGAUGAUUCAACUCGGGACGACCAGUCCGCUACAUUAUCGCAGGCUUCCAAUGAAAAUCAGCCAAUCGAUCAGUGUGAUCAGCAUCCCACAACAACGCCUAGUGUGGACAUCCCGCUAUCCACCGGAGGAGAUGGACCGAAUUUAACGGCUCUGUCGGGACGUACUCGAGCCAUUGUACACCUGCCGCCGAGCGUACUGCCGACUGCGACUGGUCUGCCCGAUUUGCCGGGAGUGAUCGAUGCUUUUAAUUAUUUUAUGUAUCCUGAGAAUCGCGCUCCACCAAAGCGGGAUCAGUUCUCUACUACAAUUACUAUGAUACCGAAGCGCACGGAACAGACUCCAUCGCUACAAGGCGACGACGAUGGCAAUGCGCCACAGAAUGAUGGUGCAGAUCUGACACAGUACGAUGCGACCACAACUCAAGAUUAUAAUGACGGAGCUAUAGAGCGGGAGGGCGAUUGUGAAACCGAACGAGAGGAUGGCAAUAAUGAAAAUCAAACAACUAUGGAACCGCAGGACGAUGGAACCGUAACAGCAGAUGACGAGGUAAGGAAUUCUGAAACCAUGCCGCAGAAUGAGACGACACAACCCGAUGAUGGCAAUAGAAGAGGUGGACCAGCGAAUAAUGUAGCAGGCACUCUAAAAAUGGAGGUCGUUCCGCUGCCAAGUGUGCAUUGUGGCCCAAUCGAUGUGGGGGCCCUCAAUUUACCGUUUCAGUGCUUCAGCACUAUGAGCAUAUCGGAGUCUCUCAAUCAACCCGCUGAUGAACUAACUAAAUCGUUCGAUGCCACCAUUUCGCCAAAGUAUGUGCUCGAUUCGCAUAUUCAGCAGCGUCUACAGGCUGCGAUUCUCCAAAGGGAAAUACCCGUUGCGGACGCUCUCGCGCCUAUUGUCCGCGACAUUUUGGAUGAGCAUAGACGGCUGCGAGAGGCUGGCUUGGAACCUUUGGCUGUGGAGGAGCCGUUGCCGGAAAUAACGAUGACAUUAACCGAUGAGCCGAGGUCCACUGAUUCUGUGUCGACGUCCAUGCCGCAGGAGGUGUCGCCAGAGUCUCCAAAACUGUCACCACCGGCUUCCAUGAGCUGGGAUGUCAAUGAGCAGCAACAGAUACCCUAUGUUGAGGAGCAGCCAGUGCAGACAACGCCGCAGCAACCAAUGCCGCAACCAAUGCCGCAACCAAUGUUGCAACCAAUAUUGCAACCAAUGUUGCAACCAAUGCCGCAACCAAUACCGCAACAAAGGCGCCCACAACUGCUGCUGCAACCCUUGCAACAACCUCUGAAUCAACCACUGCUGCCGCAUCAGGGACUAUGCAAUCAACAUUUAAUUCAGGCCGUGCCCUUGGGAACGUUUAUACCCAGCAUGCCCACGUCCUUCAUACGUCCGCAACAAAACCCGCCCAUGGCCUCAGCGAUCUUUCAAAAUGCGAGCAAGAAUCAGGCCAGAAAGAAGAACAAAAAGAAGAGUAAAAAUCCGGCAUAUAAUAGUCAAGCUCAGAUACCACCACAAGCAUAUAUGGAGUAUCCAGAUCUUCCGCUAUCGCAGCCCAUCAACAGCAACAUGCAACAGUCCCCAGCUUCUUGGAUAAUGCUAGGCCAACAGGCGAAUAAUCUGAACAACGGCCCGGCCGUCACAUCUUGGACUCAAUCUAAGAACAAGCACAAUAAAAAAAAGCCACUUGCAGCUCGCGAGGAGUCGUCCGGUCCGGCAAAUAGCAAUCAAGGCAAUGGCUCUGUGCCGCAGGCGUAUGCAAGUUAUCAGGCUCCUUCUCCAUCGUCCUUGACCUUGCCGUCGCUUUCCCCGGCUAUGCAGGCCCAGUCUCUUGUUGAAGUGUCGCAGCCAGUUGCUGUUGAUCCGGACAAUAAUUUGAAUGAUAAAUCGACCUUUGGAUGGAGUCUACCGGUGACCAACAACAAACGUAACAGACGCAAGCCUCAGGCAGAGUCGAAGCGAAGCGAUCAGACCGGUUUAGGAAAACGCGGCAAUGUGAAGGAAGGAGGACCGCAGACAAGUUGGCACCAGACUCCGCAACCGCAACUACAACCCCAGCCCAGAUGGGGGGGUGGCCAGCAGCGGGUCUUUAACAAUCAGGUUGAGUCAGCCUCCAACAACAAUCAGCCGAGACUACCCAGAUGGGGUCAACAGGUCAGCAGCUUAAACAAAUGGAUCCAGCCAGGCAAAAGUAAAUUCGAAGCUUCGUCGCAGUCAAUAUGGAGUAGAGUGCCAGUUGGUGUUCCGCAGAACAACGACGAUAUAAGCGAACCUCCCCAGUCCUACAAUUGUAACUACAAUCAGCCGAAACAACCCAGAUGGGGUCUGCAGGACCCCAAUUUUAACAAAUGGAGCCAGCCCGGCAAAAGUAAAUUCGAAGCUUCGCCACAGUCGAUAUGGAGUGGAGUACCAGUUGGUGCUCCGCAGAACAACGACGACAUAAGCGAACCAAUAGCUCCCCAGUCCUACCAUUAUACCAACAACAACAAUCAGCCGAAACAGCCCAGAUGGGGUCAGCAGGAACCCAACUUUAACAAAUGGAGCCAGCCCGGCAAAAGUAAAUUCGAAGCUUCGCCACAGUCGAUAUGGAGUGGAGUACCAGUUGGUGCUCCGCAGAACAACGACGACAUAAGCGAACCAAUAGCUCCCCAGUCCUACCAUUAUACCAACAACAACAAUCAGCCGAAACAGCCCAGAUGGGGUCAGCAGGACAGCAACUUCAACAAAUGGAGCCAGCCCGGCAAAAGUAAAUUCGAAACUUCGCCACAGUCGAUAUGGAGUAGAGUGCCAGUUGGUGCUCCGCGGAACAACGACGAUCUAAGCGAACCAACGCGUCCCCAGGCCUUCAAUAGUAACCACAAUUAUAGCAACAACAAUAAUAACAAUCAGCCGAAACAACCCAGAUGGGGUCAGCAGGUCAGUAACUUCAACAAAUGGAGCCAGCCCGGCAAAAGUAAAUUCGAAGCUUCGCCACAGUCGAUAUGGAGUAGAGUGCCAGUUGGUGCUCCGCGGAACAACGACGAUCUAAGCGAACCAACGCGUCCCCAGGCCUUCAAUAAUAACAUAAAGGAAGUGUCGGAGGCGCCAAUUUCCCAGACUUCUGUUGCUGGUAACAGGACUAAGAGAACAAACAAUAAGAAGAACAAAAAUAACAAUAGCAACAAUAAAAAUCAAGCAUCCCAGUGGCAUAAGGAAUAAAUGGAACUAUCUUUGCAAUUUGAACAGUAAAACUGGAAAUUAACAAAAAAA